CAUGAUCCCUCAAAAACUAAAGCUGGGCUUUUUGAACACAAAGUUGAAUCCUCUUGCAUUUCAACAGUGAUAUCUGAAUCGAAAGAUUCUGAAGAGAUAGACAUGAGGAAGCUCACAAGUUUCUUUCAAGAGAGUGAUUUCAACAAAUCGGACAAAACAGACAUAGAGGAUCUACCAGUAAGCUCAAUCAGAGAUGACUCUGAUGAAUCACAGUUCAUUUCAGAUAGUACUUCUUUUGGAAAGACAGUAACAUUUGCUGGUACAGCUCAAUGUGGCGAUGGAAGCGUUAGCCCACAGAGAGAGGCAUCUGAGUCGUCAAAGGAGACUAUGUCUGUGAAGGAGCUGCUGAAAACAUUCCAGACUGGGCAUGAUCCCUCAAAAACUAAAGCUGGACUUUAUGAACACAAAGUUGAAUCUACUUGCAUUUCAACAUUGAUAUCUGAAUCGGGAGAUUCUGAAGAGAUACACACGAGGAAGCUCACAAGUUUCUAUCCAGAGAUUGAUUUCAACAAAUCUGACAAAACAGACAUAGAGGAACGACCAGUAAGCUCAAUCAGAGAUGACUCUGAUGAAUCACAGUUCAUUUCAGAUAGUACUUCUUUUGGAAAGACAGUAACAUUUGCUGGUACAGUUCAAUGUGGCGAUGGAAGCGUUAGCCCACAGAGAGAGGCAUCAGAGUCGUCAAAGGAGUCUAUGUCUGUGAAGGACCUGCUGAAAACAUUCCAGACUGGGCAUGAUCCCUCAAAAACUAAAGCUGGGCUUAAUGAACACAAAACCGUUGCUUCUUCUUGUAUUUCAACAUUGAUAUCUGAAUCAGGAGAUUCUGAAGAGAUACAGACGACUGAACAAAGGGCUACACAGGAGCCAAAAUCAAAAACCCAAACUCAGAAUCUCACAAGUUUCCACCAACAGAGUGAUGCCAAGAAAUGUUACACAGCAGACUUGGAGGAUCAAGCAAUAAGCUUAAGCAGAGAUGACUCUGAAGAAUCACAGUUUAUUUCAGAUAGUGCUUCUUUUGGAAAGACAGUAACAUUUGCUGAUACAGUUCAAUGUGACGAUGGAAGCAUUAGCUCACAGAGAGAGGCACCAGAGAAAGACACUAUGUCUGUGAAGGAGCUGAUGAAAGCAUUCCAGACUGUGUAUGAUCCCUCAAAAACUAAAGCUGGGCUUUAUGAACACAAAGUUGAGUCUUCUUGCAUUUCAACAUUGAUAUCUGAAUCAGGAGAUUCUGAAGAGGUACACACAAUCUACCAAGGUGCUACACAGGAGCCAAAGUCACAAAUCCAAACUCAGAAUGUCACGAGUUUCCACCAACAGAGUGAUGACAAGAAAUGUUACACAACAGACUUGGAGGAUCGACCAGUAAGCUUAAUCAGAGAUGACUCUGAGGAAUCACAGUUAAUUUCAGAUAGUGCUUAUUUUGGAAAGAUGGUAACAUUUGCUGAUACAGUUCAAUGUGACGAUGAAAGCAUUAGGCCAAAAAGGGAGGCAUCAGAGGUGCCAGAGAAAGAGACUACAUCUGUUAAGGAGCUGAUGAAAACAUUCCAGACAGGGCAGGACCCUUUGAAAAGUAAAGCCGGGCCGGGUGAACACAAAGUCAUUGCAUCGUCUUGUAUUUCAACACUGAUAUCUGAAUCGGUAGGUCCUGAAGAGAUACAGACGAAUGAACACAGUCCCACACAGGAGCCAAAAUCCCAAUUCCAAGUACCUCAUCUCACAAUUUUCCAUCCCCAAAGUGAUGUUGACACAUGUGGAACAUUGGAUUUAGAGGCUCAAGCAGUAAGCUUAAAGAGAGACAACUCUGAGGAAUUACAGCUAAUUUCAGAUAUUGCUUACUUUGGAAAGACAGUAGAAACUGAUGAUACUAUUCAGUUUGAUGAUAGAAGGGUUAGCCCUCAGAGAGAAGAGCCAGAGUUGUCAGGAAAGAGCCGGGGCAGGAUGCAGUUAGAAGAACCCGUCAUAAGCACUGGUAGGAGUUCUUCUGAAGACAUGCAGAUCAGUCCUGAUCGAAGACCUUCUGAGGAUUUUAGUGCUGAUAUAAAAGCAGAGCUUGAAGAAAGUCCUGAGUACCAGCUAUUCAAGCGGACAGCUGAAGAUGUAAGCAAUCAUCUGGAGGCACAUGAGGAGGAAACAUUGGCUGAUUCUGAUACAAAUCCAGCAACCAUCUCCAGUCCCUGUAUAAAAAGUUAUUUUGGGAAAGGUGCUUCUCUUACUGAGAAUCAAAUGAAAGAUGAUGAUCUAAGUCCUGAGAGUCCCAAGCAUGAAGGUAUGGCUGAAUCCUCACGCCUUGAUAUUAGGACCCCUCGUUCCAGUUCAGGGGAGAGCGAGAAUUAUGAAGGACUCACAGUGACACAUCAAAUGACCAAUGAAAUGCUGACAUACUCUACUAGGAGAGAAGAAACACACAUCAUACAUUCACAAGAGGAGAGACUUCACCAAGCAAGCAGAGACUACACAGCAAAUGAUCAUGGAAGCAAAAUAUUCUUUACACAAACUGACACUGAAGUAACAGAGGUCGAAAUCAAGGAGCCACAACUUCAAGAAGUCCACAUUGAGAAGAACACAUCUAACCAGGCAUCCACCGCAGUAAAAGAUAUGUCAGGGAUGUUGUCCUUAUUGAGCGGUGACUUGGAUCAGUAUCUAAAAGCUCGGCCUGUGGCACGUCAGCCACCAGGAGAGAAUAUUGUUCAGGAGAGAUUUGAUCAAAUAAUUUUAAAAAAGGACAACGAUAAAGAAAUUCUUGCAUUUGUCACUGAUGAAAAUAAAGUAAAAUGUGCAAAUGAAAACAUGCAGACAGAUGUAGUUGGAGUCACAGAAUUGUCACCAAGUCCUGUAUCGGAGACACCAUUCCAAGAAGUUUGCAUCGAGAGAAAGACAGGCCAUGAACCAUCUACAACUGAGAGGGAUAUGUCAGGCAUGUUGUCACUGCUCAGUAGUGACAUGGAUCAGUAUCUCGAGGAAAAGCCAGUGGCAACACAAUGCCACCUAGAAGAAGACGAUCUAGUCCAUGAGAGCUACAAAGAAGUUAUACUGACAAGAAGUAAUUCGGAGGAUAAGAUAGAUGUAGAGGCCGAUGAACACAUGCAGACCGAUGUUCUUGGAGUCAACGAAUUGUCACCAAGUCCUGUAUUGGAGACACCAUUCCAAGAAGUUCGCAUCGAGAGAAAGACACAACAACAACAGUCUGCAACUGAGAAGGAUAUGUCAGGCAUGUUGUCACUUCUCAGUAGUGACUUGGAUGAAUAUCUUGACGAAAAGCCAGUGGCAAUACGAUGCCAUCCAGAAGAAGAGGAUCUAGUCCACGAGAGCUACAAACAAGUUAUACUGACAAGAAGUAAUUCGGAGGAUAAGAUAGAUGUAGAGGCAAAUGAACACAUCCAGACCGAUGUAGUUGGAGUCAACGAAUUGUCACCAAGUCCUGUAUCGGAGACACCAUUCCAAGAAGUUUGCAUCGAGAGAAAGACAGGCCAUGAACCAUCUACAACUGAGAGGGAUAUGUCAGGCAUGUUGUCACUGCUCAGUAGUGACAUGGAUCAGUAUCUCGAGGAAAAGCCAGUGGCAACACAAUGCCACCUAGAAGAAGAGGAUCUAGUCCAUGAGAGCUACAAACAAGUUAUACUGACAAGAAGUAAUUCGGAGGAUAAGAUAGAUGUAGAGGCAAAUGAACACAUGCAGACCGAUGUAGUGGGAGACAACGAAUUGUCACCAAUUCAUGUAUUGGAGACACCAUUCCAAGAAGUUUGCAUCGAGAGAAAGACACAACAACAACAACAGUCUGCAACUGAGAGGGAUAUGUCAGGUAUGUUGUCCCUUCUCAGUAGUGACUUGGAUGAAUAUCUUGACGAAAAGCCAGUGGCAAUACCAUGCCAUCCAGAAGAAGAGGAUCUAGUCCACGAGAGCUACAAAGAAGUUAUACUGACAAGAAGUCAUUCGGAGGAUAAGAUAGAUGCAGAGGCAAAUGAACACAUGCAGACCGAUGUAGAUGGAGUCAACGAAUUGUCACCAAGUCCUGUGUUGGAGACACCAUUCCAAGAAGUUUGCAUCGAGAGAAAGACACAACAACAACAGUCUGCAACUGAGAAGGAUAUGUCAGGCAUGUUGUCACUUCUGAGUAGUGACUUGGAUCAAUAUCUUGAGGAAAAGCCAGUGGCAAUACCAUGCCAUCCAGAAGAAGAGGAUCUAGUCCACGAGAGCUACAAACAAGUUAUACUGACAAGUAGUAAUUUGGAGGAUAAGAUAGAUGUAGAGGCGAAUGAACACAUGCAGACCGAUGUAGUUGGAGUCAACGAAUUGUCUCCAAGUCCUGUAUUGGAGACACCAUUCCAAGAAGUUUGCAUCAAGAGAAAGACACAACAAGAGUCUGCAGUUGAGAGGGAUAUGACAGGCAUGUUGUCACUGCUAAGUACUGACUUAAAUCAGUACUUAAAGGAAAGGCCAGCAACAAUACAAUGCCACCUAGAAGAGAAUCUAGUCCAUGAGAGCUACAAAGAAGUUAGACUACCAAAAGAAACUCUUACAAUCUCCCCUGAACAUGAUGAUGAGAUGAUGUCACCAGAAAAUAAAAAUUUAGACUUUGUGGACCUCAACAAAAAGGGAGCUGUGGAGAGUGGAUGGCAAACAUCUUUCCAUGAAGAUGAAAGAACUAAGAGUUUUUCAUCUGAGGAGGUUGAGGCUAAAACCUCACCAUGUGCAGCGUCACAUUUUAAUGACUCUACCGAAGGGGCGGUAGGCAUUACAAAGUCACAUGUGACGAUGGAUGACUGUAACAAUGAUCAUAAAGAUGCCAAUGUAGUUGAUGCUCAUUCAAUUCUCAAAACACACAAAAGUAGUUCUGACACAUCACAACGACCAGCCAAUUUGGAGAACCUAAACACUUUGGUUUUUGGUGACCCAGCUAAAGAGCCAUGUCAUCAAGACUCUCUGGAGGCAAGUCCUCUCAUGGAGGAUGGAUCUUCAAAAAAAUCCCCUGAUUCAAUUGAGCCAAGCCCUACCGGAGAAUCCCCUAGUCCAGACUCUCUUGAGGGAAGUCCCACUCAAUCAAAGGACACAGAGCUUAAGAUGCCAGUCAAGACAGCUGUGUAUGAGGAUUAUGCUUCCCAGCUAAAAGCAUGUUAUUCUUCUGACAAAAAUAUUUACAGGGAUGAAAGUGAGCAUGAUGAGCAAGAAGACAACUAUGAGAUCAUCCAAAUGCAAAGUGAGAUAAAGGAGGACAUACAUUCCUACUCAGCAGACACAGUACCAGAUAGCAUGUCUUCUGACACCAAAAUAUGUGACAGUGAGAAUCUUCACAUACUCAUAAGGCAAGACUCUCUUGACGCAGAUGAUAGCGAGGAUGAUGCCAUCAAUAAACAGUUCACCCCAGAAGAGGAGAUGUUUAAAAUGGCUGCAAAGAUCAAAACAUUUGAGGAGAUGGAACAGGACGCUAAAAUGAAGAGAGACAAAUCAGAGACAGGUGAUUUCAGAGAUGAUGAGCCAGAUCUAAGAUUUGGCCCAGUUAUACAGACUCUCUCACAAGAUGCGUCAGAGGAGAAUUCAGAAAAAUAUGUGACAGAUAAACACCAUUCAGAUGAUGACAAAGAAGUUGAGUCACCACUGACAGAUGGUUCAGGUUCUGUUAUGAAACCUCAGGCUAUGGCGUGCACUAAACAACCAGAAUAUGUUAUUUUAGGGUGUGAGGGUGAGAAUGAUGUUGCCCUGAAUGCACAGCUUGAGGCUGAGGAACAGAUAAAUCUUUGUCCUGCAGAGGACAGAAAAACACCUGAUAAAACACCAGGUGGUGAGAGAACCCCUGAUCCAUUUCAGUUUCAAGAGGGGAAACUGUUUGAAAUGACCAGAGGGGGAGCUAUUGAUAUGACAAGAAGAAGUUUUGAUGAAGGGGAAGGAUAUGCAUUUUUCCAUAUAGGGGAACAUCCCGUUGAUGAAGUUGUACCAGAGACUGGGAGUGCCAAUGACACAAUUCCUACUCCCAAACCAAGAACUCUCAUGAAAACCUCAAGUGACAAGUCAGAGAGUGAGAAGUCACUUUCUGAAGCUGAUCUUGGCAGCUCCGUAGAGGUUGAGCUUGGUUCCCCCAGUGAUUUGGAGAGACUAACCAAUGUUCAAAGUGAGGUUGGAAACCUUGAAAGCCUUGGUCUAGGUUAUCUAGACUCUACCAUAGCUGACCUUCAAUCAGACACAUCCACUGUUGCCCACUCAGGGCAGAGCCAUGAUUCUUCAGACUCCUCUCCUGAUGAUGAUGAUGAUGAGGAGGAAGAUGAAGAAGACCCGUGCUCAGUUAUAGAGAUGUCUUUUUCAGCUGCACAGGCUGGAAUCCCAGCAUAUCAUCAGGAUUCAUGCCGACCUUUGGAAAUAACCAUGAAAGACACACAGAAAUCUGAGCUUGAUCGGGGUAAAAGAAAAGCAGAAAAAAGUUCAACUUUGAAUCGUAGAACUAGAUCUGAGGCCGAUAGUGACACAAGUAAAGCCUCUAAUAAAGACAACAGGAGUUACUCUGACAGUAGUCAACCCACUGAUAAAUCCAACUUUUCUCCCUCCAAACUUCCUGUCAUGACGCAACAGAAACCUCCAACUCCGACCAUCUCCUCCUCCUCUCCCCAAAGGAAAGAAAUCCAACUCUUUAAGACAACAGAAACAUCUGUUAGGUCGUCUUUGGAUGCGGAUGAUAUCAGCAGUGCUAGUCAAAAGAGUCCAGACUCUGUUAUCUUCACAUAUGACAUUGCAGCCUCACACAGUUCUGAUUCUGAAGGCAACCCUUUGCCAGAAGUGCAAUCAUCUUCUGGGAGAGAGGAUGUAUUUGUAUACAGGCCUGCCUGGGAUGACACGGUGGAAACUCAGAUGCAGAGAAUCGUCGAUGAGCCAACUCCAGAGUGUACGCCAGUGGAUUGGCAGGAUGAUGCUGACAGGAAAGAGGAGACAUUAGCUAUUGUUGCAGAUCUUCUUGGCUUCAGCUGGACUGAACUGGCAAGAGAACUGGAAUUCAGUGAGGAUGAUAUCCAAUAUGUGAGAGCCGAGAAUCCUAAUUCCCUCCAAGAGCAGAGCCAUGCUUUGUUGCAGCGCUGGGUUGAGCGGGAAGGCAAACAUGCCACAGAGGAUUGUCUGAUUAAGAGACUAACCAAGAUCAACCGCAUGGACAUCGUCCAUCUUAUUGAAACCCAGAUGAACAAGUCGGUUCAAGAGCAAACGUCUAGAACUUAUGCAGAGAUAGAGAAGACACUGGAUCACAGUGAAGUGUCAGUAGCCCUAUCUUCAGUGCAAGAGGAUGCAGAGAGCCCCAGAGUAGUGAGAAGGGUGGAGUCAGACCGCAGACCACCCCCAGCUGUUUCUGAAGAGGACCUCUCAGUUGCUUCCCUACUGGAUAUUCCUUCCUGGGCAGAGCCUGCUGGACACACCCACUCAGAGAGCAUGCAUGGUGACCUGUUGGAGGACCUCGAGAUCCCACAUGAAUUGAACCCUAACCUGUGGACCUCUGAGGAUGUAAUUACACAAGAACCUACAAGUUACGACAACUUGGAUGAGCAAGUAUCAACAGCAUCUUCCAGGACAAAUCUUUCAGAAUCUUCAAAACAAAAUAAAAUUCAUUUAGAAGAGAGUCAGGUCUCUCCAACUGAGACGCCCUCUUUGGCACAUGAUUCAAACACACUUUCCACUGAAAAACUAGAAUUAAAACUUCCAGGUACCUUUGACCUAAGUAAAACACUAUCUGAAAUCACAUUGACCAAUCAAAGUAGCUCACCACAGGAAGAAGAUGAAAAGCUGUCCAUCGCCAAACAAAGUGAAAAUUCUGGCUUAGCUAAACCAAGCUCAGUGACCCCAGAAACCCUCAGUCAAACAGCCCAAGAAAGUCCAGAUGAGCAAGUCAUCAUAUCCUUAGAGUCCAAUCCAACACCACCAGAGUCUGGGUCCCCUCAGCUUGACCAGCUGCUGUCAGAUCUGGAGGAGAUGAAACUUAAAUUUAGUCCAGAGACACUUGACCUACCUCUGUCAGAAUUCAGUGAUGAAAGCCCUGAAGUUGAUCAGAUUUACGAUUUUGAUUUUGAAGACCUUUCACCUGAAGAUCAAUGCCCUAAAGAAGAAAGUGAUAACCUGAGAGUCAGCAUGUCAUCUGCUACACAGCUUGCAGAAGAUACUGACCACACAAAUGUAGCAGUCAUAGAGCCUGCACAUUUCCAGACAUCCGUUCAAGAUGAACCUAAAGUAGUCUCAGUCACUCCUGAUCUAACAAAAACCUCUGAGACAAGUGCAAAAUCAAGCCUUGGUAGUUGUAAAGAUAGCCCUGUAUCACCUUUUGAGUCCCUUUCAACUCCAGAAUCUCCCCAAAGAUCAUCAUUGAACUCAAGUGUUCCUGUGGACAUAUUCCAGUCCAGCACAUAUGAUGAAAAUGCUACCGAGACAUUUUCCUCAGUGUCUUUCCCCCAAAAGAGUCCAUCUGACAUACUCGAGGAACAUCUGGCUGAUCUUCAUGAGUCCCUUUCAACUCCAGAAUUUCCCCAAAGAUCAUCAUUGAACUCAAGUUUUCCUGUGGACAUAUUCCAGUCCAGCACAAAUGAUAAAAAUGCUACCGAGACAUUUUCCUCAGUGUCUUUCCCCCAAAAGAGUCCGUCUGACAUACUUGAGGAACAUCUGGCCAAUCUUCAUGAGGAAGAUUCUACAACUGACAUUCUUCAAAGUCAAGAAGAACUUGAAUCAGCUUCAUCAUCUAAAGACUCAGUGGGUGUGACAGAAGAAAUAUCAACACAGAGUAUCCAAGAUCAACUUUCAACUUUAUGGGAGGCAACUUUCGGUGAAGCCAAUCAGACUGAAGAUGUCUCUCCUCAGUCUAUUUCUGAUUUGACUCCGGAGACCGUUACAUCUGCAAGACAUUUUAGCUUUGAGGAACUGAUGCCAUUCCCCUGCCCAGAGAACUUGGAGACCUCCUCAGAUGAGGAUAGGCCAAGGACCAUUGGACAACAUUCAGAAGAAUCUCUGACUCCAGUAGACUGUUUAGCCUCUCAGCCCUGUCUAGUUAAACCCAAAGCAGAGACAACUUCAUCACCCUCCGAUGAGGAGUACGACAUCCCAACUGGGUAUGAAGAGAUCACUUCUACCACAACCGUUGUGCAUAGUGGUGCAGACAGCCCAACCUUUGAAUACUUGGACCCAGAGCCUUUCUUUGACUGCAUACAGGCUGGAUCAGAUUUCUCAGAGACUGAGCCUGAUGAACCUGAGGCAAGUACCAAGUCAAUUGGAGAUCAUCCCCAGGAUCAUCUCAGCCAUUCUAGAGUGCUCGAAAUGGGGAAUCGAGGGGUCCUGUUGUCCUCUGGAAGUGAAGAUUAUGAGGAUGCUCCUUUUGUCCAUGAGCCUCUGUAUAACUUACAGGAAGAGAAUGAAGAAUUAUUGCACGACUCAGAAGCAUCAGAUGAAGAAUUCAGCUUGUGUGAGGCUCCACAACCGCAUCCUGAAAUUGUGGCAUAUGAUGAUACCGUUAAAUCUCUGGCAAGGGAGAUCACCGCAGAGCUCGGAUCAAUGUCAGAAAGUUCAGAUGAUGAAUUUUUGACCACCAGAAUAGUGCGAAGGAGAGUUGUCAUUCAGGCUGAUGAAAUGCCUGACCUCCCCACCGAGUCAGUGACGGAAGAAAGGUACAAGGAUGAAAACGGACACAUUGUUGUCAAAAAGGUUACGCGUAAAGUUAUUCGCAAGUGUGUUUCCGUGGACGGUGUGGAGCGUGAAGAGGUGUCAUCAGAAGGAGCUCCCCAGGGGUCCAUCAGUAUGGCAGAGGGAGAUGGAUACUCUAAGGUGGUGAAACGGACUGUGCUGAAGAGUGAGGGAGACCACACAGAGGUAACAUUUGCUGAAUGUGAGGGCCUCUCAGCAUCAAGUCAGAAGACAGCUGAAGGUUGUAAGGUCAGUCGCGUAGAAAGGACAACAGUGGUGGAGGGUGAAAGAACCAUGACACAGCAGGGUGAUCCGUCUUUGGCCUCUGAUCUCCCCUCGGCCCAAGACGACUUCAAACAGGCACUAGGUUAUAUAAGUGGUUUUAGCAGAACAGAGCUCCCUCAUGUGGUAGAAAGAGAGACUUUCAAAGAAGAUGGAACUGUGGUCAGGAGGGCCCACAUGCGUAAAGGUCGCACCCACAGACGAACAGUGGUGAAGGGAGCUGGGCAGCGCAAACAGGUCCUUCUAGAGCAAGUGGACAACCCCAGAAAAGGGUCAAAACCACGUGACCUCCAGCAGCAUCUCCACCAGCUCUUUCACCGCUCCUACGACGAAGAAAAGAAGGACAACGAUGUGGACGAAGAGGAGAAGGAAGAGUAGAAGAAUGUGUAACACUCUCCCCAACUCCCCGGCUCUGCCCAUGUUAAAGUCCCCCCUAAUCCUAUGCAUUAGCCACAUGCAAUCCCAAUGUGCACCAGAGCACCCCAAAGCUACCACUGUCUUCCCAUUUAAGUCCUGGAAGAUAACCUUUUUGUUCACAAUUAGUUUUCUUCCCUGGCUAGUAUAAAGUAUUCAUGAUUUUCUUUUCAUGUUCUGAUGUUGUUUUGCCUUUUGUGACCAAAGAAAGCCUUCUUUUCUUUUCCUGAUUCAUUUUAAAUUUCCAUUUGUGAAUUGAUAUUUUUUGUCUUCAUGCUGUGGUAGAGCAACAAAAGAAACACAUAUAAAACAGAGGAAUUCAAUUCACAUCAAAUAACUUACAAACCUCCUGAAGGUAAAGAACACUUUACCUGCAAAAUACCGGUACUACUCUCUGAGUAGGGGCUCGGACUGAAAGACAAUAUCUCUCACACUGCACUGCCUCUCACAACUUUCUCAGAUAUUCCUUACUUAAAAACGGUCUCACUCAAUGUACUAGCCUCUCCGCUCUCUCGAUUCAGGUGGUUAAGAUGUCACACAGAGAAAACCAGACUGUAUCGACACUGAAUUUAACUGCUGCUGCUGCUGCUGCUGUGUUUUGUGUAGGCUAUCUGUCUUUGGGAAUUAUAUAUUAUCUAUAAUCUAGACAUUACUGACAUCCGUAGCCUAGGAAUUAAUAAUCACUCGUGAAGUAGAGCAGGCAUGACUAAUCAACAUCUGUCAUUAUGAUCCUAGCUUUGACUGCUUUGUAGUUCUAUGGAUUGCCCUUCUGCCUCUCUUUCCCUUCUGUACGUCUUUCUCUCCACGUUAUGUUUAAUUGUAUUCGUCUUUUUCUCUUAAAUUGUUGAUCUUGACUGUAUGACUGGUGAAUGUGUGAGUGAGGUUGUACUCUGGGUACUGUAUCUAAGAGUGUGAGCUAGAUACGGCAUUAUCAGCUGGUUUUGGAGAAGGUAUUGUGCGAAUUAUUAUAAGCUGAUUUUAAACUCUGUUUUUUAAAAGAUGUCAAAGUAUAUUUUAGAUUUUGAAUUUACUUUACUAGUAAGUAUAGAUAGCUUAUUUAAUUUUUGUUUGCCACUGGUGAAUAAGAUCAUCACAGCUGUUUUAGAGUCAGACAUUUGUGGCAAGGUGAUCAGGUGUUUUCUGCUUUAUUUAAUGUUAAACUUAGUGUUUUUCUUUUGAACAAGUGUUGGACCAGUUGUUUGCAGUUCGUGUGCUGUGUGUGUGUUUGUGAGUGAAUGAGUGUGUGCCAGUUUCUGUCAGCAAAGAAAAGAAAUAUUUAUUUUACACAAACUGCAUUUGCACUCCUGAAUGUCAGGAGGGAUCACCUCCCAUGCUUUUUGUGCACAGGAUAUGAGAUGCAGUAUAUCUUAGCCACAGAGUUUCAUUUUGGCGAAGGCAGAUGAUAAAUACAAGAUAAAUGAUACACCAGGCACACGCGCAAUCAGGCAGGUUGAGAGCUUAAACAUACCAUUAUUCACAGCUCUGAGCAUCGCUACUGUAUGUAUCUACAACAUGUAAUGUAUUUAUUUCACUGUCACUGUUUUACUUUGUGAUUUAGAAAAAUGUAAAAUGCAAACUAGUGGAAGUUCACUGUGACAGGUAUGCUUUUAAUUUGAAGAAUCAGCAUCCCUUUUCUGUGAUGAUGACAGUUAUAUACAUAUACAAUGCAUAUAUAAAUAUCUAUAAGGGCAUGUAUUACUGUAUCAAAAUUCAAAAAGACAAAAAUAAAAUGGCUGCAGUGUGUCUAUGGCUGAUAGAGAAUAAAAGUCUACAAAUGUA